CCGACACCAAGCUGUAAACUCGAGCUCCCCCACACUGCGAGUCCGCCCAAAACUCCAAAAGCUCUGCGCUUUCUGCCCCCCCUCCUCUCCUCUCCUCUCCCCGAGAUCCCAUCCAUGGUGGCGGCCGCCGCGCGUCGCCUCCGGAUCUGAGCCCCUUCCAUACCAGCCACCGCGGGAUAUUUUCCCUAGCGCUUCCGCUUCGCUGGUCCGGCCGCCGCACGGGUUCUUUGCCGUGCAAGAUUCGCCGCUCAGUUUUCGUGGAGUCGGUAGCGGGUGGUCGGUAGUUGUCCGUGGCUCGGCCGGGCAUGGGUUCCUGAAACCGGGGUCUUUGAUGCUAGCGGUGGGCGCCGCCGGUCUCCUGCCGUCAUGUGGAAGCAGUUUCUUGGCAAGAUCUCGCGGAAGUCCCCCAAAUCCAGCGGGGCCGGGGGCGGGGGCUCGCCGCCGGCGAAGUCCCCGUCGUCGCGUGGCGCCGCCAAUGGGGCGGAGGCGGAGCUGAGCGCUUCGUCGCCGGCGGCCUUCCCCGCGCCGUCCGGGGCGGAGACCAGGGAGGACGUGUUCCUCCGCAAGCUCAACGUCUGCUGCGUGGUGUUCGACUUCGCCGCCGAGCGGGGGAGGGACUCGCCGGAGGUGGAGAGGAAGCGGCAGGUGCUCGUGUCCCUCGUCGACUGCGUCUCUGCGGCCGAGGAGCCCCUCACGGAGGCGAUGCUGUCGGCCUGCGUCCGCAUGUUCGCCAUCAACCUCUUCAGGGUCUUCCCGCCCAAGCUCCGCUCUGGUGCCAGUGCCGCCGCCGACGAGGACGAGCCGUUCUUUGACCCCUCGUGGUACCACCUCCAGGUCGUGUAUGAAUUGCUCCUACGGUUCGUCAUGUCCCCGGUCGUCGAUGUCAAGGUUGCUAGGAAGUACAUGGACAACUCCUUCAUCUCUAGGCUUCUUGACCUCUUCGAUUCUGAUGAUCCUAGGGAGAGGGAAUGCUUGAAGACAGUGCUGCACAGGAUAUAUGGGAAAUUUAUGGGCAAUCGCCCCUUCAUUCGCAAGGCUGUGAGCAACAUCUUCUAUAGGUUUGUGUUCGAGACAGAUCACCACAAUGGGAUUGCCGAGCUACUGGAGGUGUUUGGGAGUGUGAUUAGUGGCUUUGCAAAGCCAUUGAAGGAGGAGCAUAAGUUGUUUCUAUGGAAGGCGUUGAUUCCACUUCACAAACCAAAGACAGUUGGAGUAUAUUUGCCACAGUUGACAUACUGCAUUACACAGUUUAUUGAGAAGGAACCAAAGCUCACAGGGACUGUUAUCAGAGGCCUUCUGAAGUACUGGCCGGUGACGAACAGUCAGAAGGAGAUGAUGUUCUUAGGCGAGUUGGAGGAGGUGCUGGAGCUGACAGAAAUGGCAGAUUUCCAGAAGUGUGUGGUUCCUUUGUUCCGCAGGAUCGCGCAGUGCCUGAAUAGCUCCCAUUUUCAGGUUGCUGAAAGGGCCUUAUUCCUGUGGAAUAAUGAACAUUUGUUCGACCUGAUCUCCCAAAAUCGUCAAGUGAUCCUGCCGAUCAUCUAUCCAGCUCUGGAGAGGAAUGCCCGUUGGCACUGGAACCAGUCAGUUCUAAAUGUUACAAUGAAUGUCAGGAAAAUGUUCUUAGACAUGGAUGAGAGAUUGCUGUUGGCUUGUCAAACCAAUUUCCAAGAGGAGGAAAAGAAGCGAGCUGCAUCUGAGGAGCGAAGAAGGCUUGUAUGGGAGCACCUUGAGAGGAAUGCUGCAUUUCAUCCAGUAACCGGAGACAUUGGGUUUGCAGUUCCUCCUACAUCUGCUCCUCUGGUAGCUCCCACUAUGACAUGAUUAAUCAUGGUCUCAGAUGUAAUUCAUACUGCUUGAUUGUUAGCUAGGUAUGGGUGUUUGGUGUUGCGCAAGGAAUUUUGUUGCCUUUGUAAGCCCCUUGUGCCAAGUCUGUAAUUAAUAGUUGCUGGUUUGACAAUGAAUGCUUGAUUCUUUGGUGUACUCUCAAGUUAUGGUCAUAUCUUUCUGUCCCAACAUAAUGCCCAGUUCUACUUGGCAGGAGGGGGUGAAAAAGUGUUUCCUUGGAAAA